CAGGAGCUGAUUACCUUCUAUCUCCUCUGAAGCUGCAGGUGCACAGACCUUCCUGCCUCAGACUUUGUGGGACAGAAAUUCAUUCAGGUUACAAAAUACAUAGAAACUCCAUCCAGAUCAGGAAGCUCAUGAGCCGCAGCUAGAUGGAACCUGGGAGAGGUUAGAAAGCAGUAUAAUUCAUACUUGUGUGUUCUUAUUUUCUAUAGGCAUCCACUUUGCUUCCAUCCAGUCAGGCACAGGAUAGUGGGUAAGGCCCAGGACAGUGGCUCUCAUGAUCUUUAUUUUGAACUUACCCUUAAGAUGCGCUAUCCCCUCUUUCCUGGUAGCUUAUUAUUAGAACUGGGUCACAUGAGGCAUUUGGGACUCUGUCUCAGUUGCAUUGACCGACAUUUCUUUCCCAGGGAAAGCUCUAUGCUGGCAGGAACAGCAAUACAGCUCAUGUGGGGAGGGGAGUAGCAUUUUUUUGCAUAAGAUUCAGUUAAUGCAGAGUUUUCGUUUUUCUGGCUGUUGCCCAUUGCAUGAGGGAUGUGGCGCUGAGCUAAUCCAGGGAGGCGUCAAGGCGCGUGCCAUAUUUAGAGUCAGCCACCUGCUUGGAACAUCAAGCAGCAGCAAAGAGCCUGCUUCAGCAGAAAACUGCUCUGUGGGUCCUGCAGCAGCGCCUUCCAGCAGGCCCUCCUCUGCCUAAAUCUGCGUGUGGCCUCCGAAGGGGUCAGCACCUGAAGACAGUCAGACCCUGUCAGCCUGGGAGUGCUCUGAGGCUGGCACUCCCUCUGCCCGGGAACUGCCAGGUAUUUUGGACAGCUGCAAGGUGGAAGUAAAUCACGUGGGUGAAGAGUGGCCUAAUCUCUGCAUAGGCAAUAUACAGCUGCUUUACCAAACUCAGGAAAACGAAAAGCUAUCUCUGAUACAGCCUGAGUGCGUGCAAAAGAGCAGCAAGAUGCCUCACACCAAAGACUCUUCAUCUCUGACUAGCAAUGAUUCCUAUGAAACACCAGCACUAUCAGACCUCCAGCGGCUUCUGUGGUUCAGAGGAGGGUCUGAUAAUCAUGUGGACCAAGUCUGGCCCAAUAUCUACCUGGGAGAUGCGUGGGCUGCCAGGAGCAAAACUACUCUUCAAAGCCUCAACAUUACUCAUAUCCUUAAUGCAGCAGAUGGACCAUAUAGCAUCAACACAGGAGCCAAAUAUUAUGAAGAUCUGCAAAUAGAGUACUAUGGAGUAGAAGCAUUUGAUGAUCCUUCCUUCGAUUUAAGUAUCUUCUUCUAUGAUGCUGCCAAUUUCAUAGGCCAGGCCUUAAACUCUUCAGGAGGUAAGGUGUUUGUUCAUUGUGCCAUGGGAGUGAGCCGCUCAGCGACUUUAGUGCUUGCCUUUUUAAUGAUCCAUGAAAACAUGACACUCGUGGAUGCUCUGAAGACGGUGGGUGCUCACAGAGACAUCUGCCCAAAUUCAGGGUUCCUCAGCCAGCUCCGGGACUUGGACAUUAAACUGAAUGAAGAGAAGAAAGGAACCAGAGCAUCUGCUCCCAAAGAGCUGUAAGAGAGUAUUGCUGAAAGAGAGAGGACAAAAUCUCACUUGAGUUGCCUGUAUCUCUUAUAGAUGAACCACAUUUAUAAACUAAGGACACAAGAUUAUGAGACACCAGAACGCAUGUUAUUAAUAAAAGUAGAUUUUGCCUGAUCUUUCCAUUUUGCAAA